UCGGGUGCGGCGGGCGGGUGACUCCCCUCAGCCGCGCCGCCUCGUUUCCCGCCGCCAGGGGGCGCGUGCGCGCGGCUGGCGCGGGGCGGCCUGGGAGCGCCCCGCCCUCCCCCGUUGGCCGCCCCGCCCCUCGCGCGGGGCACGCGUCCCUGGCUGCGGCAGUGGCUGCGCGGGGCGGCAGGGCCGCCGCCUCCUCCUGUCCCGGCCCGGCCCGGGGCCGCCGCCUCCUCCUGCCCUGCCCUGCCCGCCCCCGGCCCCACCUGAGGCAGCGCUGGGCGGUGGCUGUGGCGGGGCCCGCUCGCUCCUCGCCCGCACCAUGGCGGCGGAGCGCGGGGGCUGCUCGCUGGAGGCGGUGCCGCUGCCGCCUGAGGUGCGCGAGAGCCUGGCGGAGUUGGAGCUGGAGCUGUCGGAGGGAGACAUCACUCAGAAAGGCUAUGAAAAGAAAAGAGCAAAGCUGUUAGCACGGUACAUACCACUAAUUCAAGGUGUGGAUCCAUCCUUGCAAGCAGAGAACAGAGUCCCAGGCUCUUCACAAGCUACCGCUGCUGUAUCUAAACAGCAGAAAACCCGUUCUACCAACUCGAGGGAUGAACGCUUCCGAUCUGAUGUCCACACUGAAGCAGUACAAGCAGCGCUUGCAAAAUACAAAGAGAGAAAAAUGCCCAUGCCUUCAAAAAGACGGUCGGUUCUUGUGCACUCUUCGGUAGAAACGUACACACCUCCAGACACAUCGUCAGCAUCAGAAGAUGAGGGCUCGUUACGUCGGCAAGGGCGGAUCACCUCCACUCCGUUCCAGAGCCAUUCCAACGUAGAGCCCUGGCUUAACCGGGUUAUUCAGGGCUCCUCCACCUCAUCCUCUGCAUCCUCCACUUCAUCUCAUCCAGGAGGGAAACCUGCUGCUGCUUCCAAUACUGCUACUGCCACCGCUGCUGCCACUGUGCUUGCAGAUCUCAUGGCACACACCCAGCUAGAUAACCACUCUGCACCUCCAGAUGUAACCACUGGCCUGGUAGAACAUUUACAUCAUGAGCGUCCACAGGUAGCAUCAGUACGAGGAGUUCCCAGAGGCUACAACAGCAGCAUUUUGGAAACUGCAGAUGGUGUCCCAGUGAAUAGCAGAGUGUCCUCUAAAAUCCAGCAGCUUCUAAAUACCUUGAAAAGACCAAAGCGCCCACCUUUGAAAGAGUUUUUUGUUGAUGAUUUUGAAGAACUGCUAGAAGUGCAACAGCCUGACCCAAAUCAACCAAAGCCUGAAGGAAAUCAGAUGAAUGUACUCAAAGGUGAACCCUUAGGUGUGGUAACCAACUGGCCACCUUCUCUGCUGGCUGCCCUGCAGCGCUGGGGAACUACCCAGCCAAAAGCCCCUUGCCUGACGGCACUGGAUACGACUGGGAAAGCUAUUUACACGCUCACCUACGGCAAGCUGUGGAGUCGAAGCUUGAAGUUAGCGUAUACCCUGCUAAACAAGCUAACCACUAAGAAUGAACCACUGCUGAAACCUGGAGACCGGGUGGCUCUCGUAUUUCCUAAUAGCGAUCCAGUUAUGUUUAUGGUGGCAUUUUAUGGGUGUCUCCUGGCAGAACUUAUUCCUGUCCCAAUAGAAGUUCCACUAACAAGAAAGGAUGCUGGCAGCCAGCAGAUUGGAUUUCUUUUGGGCAGCUGUGGGGUAACACUAGCUUUAACCACUGACGCCUGUCAAAAAGGCCUUCCUAAAGCUCAGACUGGCGAGGUGGUUACAUUCAAAGGCUGGCCUCGUCUCAUUUGGUUUGUGAUUGAUGGGAAGCAUCUGGCAAAACCAGCUAAGGACUGGCAUCCACAAGUACGGGAUGCCACUGCUGAGAUUGCUUAUAUUGAGUACAAAACAAGUAAAGAGGGCAGCACAGUGGGCAUUACUAUAUCUCAUGCUUCCAUGCUGGCACACUGUCAUGCAUUGACGCAGGCAUGUGGUUAUUCAGAAGCUGAAACGCUAACAAAUGUCUUGGAUUUCAAAAGAGAUGCUGGUCUUUGGCAUGGAGUAUUAACGAGUGUUAUGAACAGGAUGCAUGUCAUCAGUAUUCCCUAUGCAUUAAUGAAGGUUAAUCCACUUUCCUGGAUACAGAAAGUCUGCUCAUACAAAGCCCGUGUAGCAGUAGUGAAGUCCCGUGAUAUGCACUGGUCACUUUUGGCUCAGAGGGAUCAGAGAGACGUCAGUCUGAGCUCUUUACGAAUGUUAAUAGUGGCAGAUGGAGCUAAUCCAUGGUCAAUAUCUUCAUGUGAUGCAUUCCUGAAUGUAUUUCAGUCCAGAGGCUUGAGGCCAGAAGUAAUCUGCCCCUGUGCUAGUUCUUCUGAGGCACUAACUGUUGCUAUUCGCAGACCUCCAGAACUGGGUGGGCCUCCUCCAGGAAAAGCAGUGCUGUCUAUGAAUUGUCUGAGUUUCGGCGUGAUAAGAGUGGAUACAGAAGAGAAGCUGUCAGUGUUAACUGUGCAGGAUGUUGGUCAGAUUAUGCCUGGAGCAAAUGUGUGUGUUGUGAAGGUGGAUGGGACUCCAUAUCUGUGUAAAGCCGAUGAGGUUGGAGAAAUAUGUGUGAAUUCAGGUGCAACUGGCAUGGCAUAUUUCGGCCUUGUUGGAAUCACCAAGAAUGUGUUUGAGGCCAUUCCAGUGACGGCAGCCGGCGUUCCUGUUUCAGACCAGCCCUUUACAAGAACAGGAUUGCUUGGCUUUGUGGGUCCUGACUAUUUAGUGUUUGUGGUGGGAAAAUUGGAUGGCCUAAUGACAGUGAGUGGCCGCAGGCACAAUGCGGAUGAUGUGGUAGCCACCGCGCUGGCGGUCGAACCCAUGAAGUUUGUCUAUCGGGGAAGGAUAGCAGUGUUUUCUGUGACCGUUUUGCAUGAUGAUCGAAUAGUGCUUGUGGCAGAGCAGCGCCCUGAUGCAUCAGAGGAGGAUAGUUUUCAGUGGAUGAGCAGGGUUCUACAGGCAAUUGAUAGCAUUCACCAAGUGGGCGUCUACUGUCUCGCCUUGGUGCCAGCCAACACUUUGCCAAAGGCUCCACUUGGAGGAAUUCAUAUUUCGGAAACGAAGCAGCGCUUUCUAGAAGGUGCUCUGCACCCUUGUAAUGUCUUGAUGUGUCCACAUACUUGUGUUACUAACCUGCCUAAGCCACGACAGAAACAACCAGAUGUUGGUCCUGCUUCAAUGAUAGUAGGAAACCUUGUUGCUGGAAAGAGAAUUGCACAAGCCUCAGGGAGAGAUGUUACCCAGUUGGAGGAUAACGACCAGGCAAGAAAGUUCCUGUAUUUAGCGGAUGUUCUCCAGUGGCGAGCCCAGACAACUCCAGAUCAUCCCCUCUUCCUUCUGUUGAAUUCCAAGGGCACUGUAGCUAGCACUGCAUCAUGCAUACAGUUGCACAAGCGCGCAGAGAGAGUGGCAGUCGCACUAAUGGAGAAAGGGCGACUGAAUGUUGGUGACCACGUGGCCCUAGUUUAUCCUCCAGGAGUAGACUUAAUAGCAACUUUCUAUGGCUGCUUAUAUGCUGGCUGUAUACCUAUCACUGUUCGCCCACCUCAUCCACAGAAUCUUGCUACCACUCUGCCCACUGUCAAAAUGAUUGUAGAGGUCAGUAAGUCUGCAUGUAUACUGACCACGCAAGCGAUAAUGAAACUGCUGAAGUCCAAGGAAGCUGCAACAGCUGUAGAUAUUAAAACAUGGCCCACUAUUUUGGAUACAGAUGAUAUGCCUAAAAAGAAGCUGGCUAGUAUUUUCAGACCUACAUCUCCAGAUACGUUGGCAUACUUGGACUUCAGCGUGUCUACUACUGGUAUAUUAGCAGGAGUAAAGAUGUCACAUGCAGCUACAAGUGCCUUAUGUCGCUCUAUAAAGCUACAGUGUGAGCUGUACCCUUCGCGCCAGAUUGCCAUCUGCCUCGACCCUUAUUGUGGCUUGGGGUUUGCACUGUGGUGCUUGUGCAGUGUAUAUUCGGGUCAUCAGUCUAUUCUAGUCCCUCCUCUGGAACUGGAGAGCAAUGUGUCUCUGUGGUUGUCUGCUGUAAGUCAGUAUAAAGUGCGUGUCACGUUCUGCUCUUACUCUGUGAUGGAGAUGUGCACCAAAGGGCUUGGAACACAGACUGAUAUACUGCGGAUGAAAGGAGUUAACCUGUCCUGUGUGCGAACAUGCAUGGUGGUGGCAGAAGAGAGACCAAGGAUUACAUUAACACAGUCUUUUUCAAAGUUAUUCAAAGACCUGGGCCUCUCUGCUCGUGCAGUGAGCACUACGUUUGGGUGCAGGGUCAACGUAGCAAUUUGCUUACAGCCAAACAGGCUGGGCAAGCUGGCUGAACAGGGAACAGCAGGACCAGAUCCAACAACAGUCUACGUAGAUAUGAGAGCACUUCGACAUGACAGGGUGCGUUUGGUAGAGAGAGGUUCUCCACACAGUCUGCCCCUUAUGGAGUCUGGGAAGAUUCUUCCAGGGGUGAAGGUCAUCAUAGCGCACACAGAAACCAAGGGACCUCUGGGAGAUUCACAUUUAGGAGAGAUAUGGGUGAGUAGUCCACACAAUGCUACUGGUUACUACACUAUAUAUGGAGAAGAAGCACUGCACGCUGAUCACUUUACUGCUCGCUUGAGUUUUGGAGACACUCAGACCAUAUGGGCUCGGACUGGGUACCUCGGCUUUCUGCGCAGAACAGAACUUACUGAUGCUAGUGGAGAGCGGCAUGAUGCCCUGUAUGUGGUCGGCUCUUUGGAUGAAACACUGGAGCUCAGAGGAAUGAGGUACCAUCCCAUUGAUAUAGAGACCUCUGUAAUAAGAGCACACAAGAGCAUUGCAGAAUGUGCUGUGUUUACAUGGACCAACUUGCUUGUGGUGGUUGUGGAGUUGGAAGGCUCAGAACAAGAAGCGCUGGACCUGGUUGCGCUGGUAACAAAUGUGGUUCUGGAAGAGCAUUAUCUCAUAGUAGGUGUUGUAGUUAUUGUGGACCCUGGUGUUAUUCCUAUAAAUUCCCGUGGUGAGAAACAACGAAUGCACUUGAGAGACGGAUUUUUAGCUGACCAGUUGGAUCCUAUUUAUGUUGCCUACAACAUGUGAAAACAGAAAAUCACAUCAAGGCUAAAGCACCAAAAUUAAGGGCCUUUCAUUUUCUGUGGUUUUAAAAGCUGUGGAAGACCUUAGGAAAAUGGAGAUACUAAUCUUCACAGACCUUCAUCUCUCAGAUUGCAUCUGCUUUCAUAAGUCCAUUGUAAUGAUUUCAGCUGUUUUAGGAUGGAGAGAUUACUGGAAUUCCUGAAGGAAGCUUAUUGGAACUGUCAUGGACCAGUGUUUUUUUUACAAUAAUUAUGAAUGUCAGUACUUGAUGCACUGCAUAAAAGGACAUAAGGCGGGGUAGGAAGAGAACACCAGCUGUGAGGAGGACUCUUGGAAAUAAUACUGAAAGUUGUGAGUAACCGUUCGGAGUUCACCCUCCGUGUCAUUGUUUGCAAUAUAUUGGCAGUAUCUGGGUUGAGGCGUAACUUUCAAGAUUGCACACAUCUCUACCAUAUUCUCUACUGUACUGAAAGGAAUUUUGCACAUAUUUGAGAUUUAAAAAUGCAGCAUUUUUAGUUUAAAUCACUGACUUACCCCUAUUCAGAAGAAACAAAUUCAUUCCAAUCCAGAUUCAAUAUAACAACAAUUAUGCUGCUGUUCAGCUUUUUUUUGUACCAAGCGAAAACAAAUACUGCAACUGUAACAAGGUUACUCAUCGUGCCAUGCUGGACUCUGUAAUGCUAUAAACUUUAUAAUAAAAUAUAAAUUAAUAUCCAGUUUUAACUACUUCAUGCAGGAGCCUUUACUGCUCUUACUGUCGUAACUUCAUGUUAAAGUUGCUUGUUUUCAUAGCAUUAGCUGUUAAUUACUGCCCUGCAUAACGCCAAGUAUUUGAAAACUCAUUCCAAAGCCAAUAGUCUCUGAAUGAUUUGUAGAAAUGUUUACAAAGCAUGGUCUUACAAUAUUUUCCCUGAAUAUCCUGUGCUAAAAUUUACGAUAGUGAUUUUUUUUUUUUUUCCCCACCAUGGAAAAGUGUUAGUUAGCUUGUUAUGCUGUGGUACAAACUUUCUUCUUUUUUUUUUUUUUUUUUUUUUUAAUUUUAGAGUUGUAUGUAGGCAGCUUUUUUGUUCAAGCUGAAAUAGCCAGUUGGUUGAGUCACACUUGACUAAUUAAGGUUUUGAAGUUCCUGCCUGAUCUAAUACUGCAGUGAACCUAAUUCAGAAAGAGAAUGUGAAGUUACUCAAAUACUUCAGGUAUUUGAAGGCAAGCACGAGACUAGCAAAUAAUUAUUUUUAUAGAGUUGUUAAAGACUUUGAGCUACAUGAAAUUUUUUUAAUAAUGCAUGAGUUUGGCAAAAGAGCCAGGUUUUUCUGCAAGGCAAUUCUGCCCAGAUCAGUGCCUAAGAAAGAUGGAUGUCCGUCUCCCGAUACAAGGAUAUCAAAUUGACUCCUGGUCAGAUAGACUAUAAAAUCUUCAACAAAAAGCUUUCGUAUAUAGUAGUUCUGUGCCCUACUUGUGUUUGGCUGUGGUGUAUUAUACAGCUGCAUACUCUAUUAUGACUGUAAUUAUGUACAGAACUUGUGUAACUUAUUAAGUACAGCAACCUCUUGCAGUGGACUUCGGGAUGCCCCUCACAACAAGACAGCUGGCAAAAGGAAAGAACUACCUAACCCCCAUUUUAAUGUUGUAGUUUUUUAGCAAAUAAAGCAUUGUAAGAUUUUUGUAUUGAGAUAUUGAUGACAGUGAGACAAGUUGCCUUGUAAAGUAAAUCUAAAACAAAAAGCACAUUAAACAUUUCAAAACAGC